AUGUGUGACCAGUGUGUCGCGGGAUACUUUGGUAACGACUGUACGCAGAAAUGUUCCUCGGGAUGCUCUGAUACAUGUUCACAAACUGAUGGAUUUUGCACAUGCAAAUCCGGGUGGAAAGGAGAUAAAUGUGACACAUGUGCCAAUAAAUACUUCGGAAAAAAAUGCAAUGAAACAUGUAAUAGUAACUGUGAGGAAUGCACUGGGAAAUAUGAGUGUCAGCUUUGUUUACCUGGACGUUAUGGUUAUAACUGUCAAUUCAGUUGUGGGAAAGGCUGCAGAAAUGACAGAUGUAGUAUAACAUCAGGAUAUUGCGAAUGCAAAAGUAAUUACUUUGUUGCAACAUCAUCAUCAUCAAGAUAUUGUCACGAUUGUGUUCCGGGCAGGUACGGUCAGACGUGUGGACAAAUAUGUCCUCAAUCGUGUCAUGCAUGCGAACAAGAGCUGAAAUGUUCUUCAUGCCAUGUCGGAUACUUUGGGCUAUCCUGUGACAAAUCUUGUCCAUAUGAAUGCGAGGGGAAUACUUGCAAGCAAGAGGACGGAUCUUGUGUAUCAUGCAAACUUGGGUAUUUCGGAGAACACUGCAACAACACAUGUCAGGAGUCCUGCCGAUCAUGUGAUAAAAACGGUCUAUGUUCCGAAUAUGCAAUAUCAACUGGAAUAACAUCUGAAGAUCCAGCAUUAGAUGGGUCUGUUAUUGUAACGAAAUCGAAAAAUCUGCUAAACGUCUCCGUUACAACAAAGGUCUUGUUAUCAGCAUAA